CACCCGUUUAGCAAAAACGGGCGGGUAACGGGUAAGGCUGAGGUAGCCCGUACCCGCCCCUGUACAGAGUGGUUGAAAUUAUCCUUCGAUCCAAAAUAAAAUAAUCUCCCUUGUCAGAUGGUGUGCAUGCUUCACUCUGCUUUUUGCUUCUAGACUCUCGCUCUGUGCUCGCUGUCGCUGAACCUCGUCCCAGCGUCGUCUCGCCGCCUUCUUUCCGUCCAGCGUAAUCUGGCAACUUUCCUUCUGUUUUCCAUUUUUCGGUGCGUGGUCCCGGCGUGGUCUUGAUGGAAUCAUGUUUAUUGUACUUGAGUAAUGCUAGUCUGAUUGUAAAAUCUUUCAAUCAAGAAUCUUUCUGAGAGAAAACCUUAUACUAAUUAUUGGUAUUUUCAGCUGAUUCGAGCCUGGUGUGUUAUAGAGAGAAGAAAUUUGUUCUCUUUCUGUUGCUGAGGUACAUCAGACACAACAAAGCCACUCCAAAGGAGCUUCACUAAUGGCAUUGUUCUCUCUUAUGGCUUAUGGCCCUUCCCUCAUAUGCACGGCAUCAUUUAACAGUCACAAUAAUGGAACCUAUGUAAUUGAUUCAGGUUACAUACGGCGUGCAGCUGAGAUAGCUGAUAAAUCUGCGGGAUUCACUUCUCCCCAUCCCAACUUCGGCUGUGUAAUAGCUACUGCCCCUAACAUCAUUGUUGGGGAGGGUUUUCUCUAUGCUCAAGGUACUAAACCAGCUGAGGUUCAGGCUGUUGAGGCUGCAGGUGAAUGUUGCCGCGGCGCUACUGCUUAUCUCAACAUGGAACCAGGGGAUUGUCAUGGUGACCACACUGCUGUAUCUGCUCUUGUUCAGGGAGGAGUUAAAAGGGUUGUUAUUGGAAUGAGACAUCCCUUACAACAUCUGCGGGGUAGUGCUGUGCGUGCAUUGCGAAGUCAAGGAGUGCAAGUUGAUGUUCUUGGGGAGGAUCUCAAAAGUAAACAUAUUGAGGAAGCUCAGAAAGCAUGUUUUCUUGUCAAUGCCCCUUUGAUUUGCAAAGCUGCUUCACGCCUUCCUUUCUCUGUUCUCAAAUAUGCCAUGACCCUUGAUGGAAAAAUCGCUACUAACAGUGGGCAUGCAGCAUGGAUAAGUAGCAAGCAAUCUAGAAAUCUAGUUUUAGAACUGCGUGGUAGAAGUGAUGCUAUAAUUGUAGGAGGAAACACAGUGCGAAGGGACAAUCCAAGAUUGACAGCAAGGCAUGGAGGCGGGCACAUGCCAGUUCGUGUUGUACUUUCCCAGACUCUCAAUCUUCCCGAGGAAGCAAACCUAUGGGACAUGUCAGAGGUCUCUACCAUAGUUGUAACACAGAGAGGUGCUAGGAGGAGCUUCCAAAAGCUACUUGCAUCAAAAGGUGUUGAAGUGGUGGAGCUUGACUUAUUAAACCCCCGAGAUGUCAUGGAGUAUUUUCAUGAUCGUGGGUAUCUUUCAAUUUUCUGGGAGUGUGGAGGAACUUUGGCUGCAUCUGCUAUUUCAUCUGGAGUAAUUCACAAGGUUUAUGCAUUUGUUGCUCCUAAAAUUAUUGGGGGGAAAAAUGCACCAACUCCUGUUGGUGAGCUUGGGAUGGUUGAGAUGUCACAGGCUAUAGAUCUGAUUGAUGUUUGCUAUGACCAGGUUGGGCCUGACAUGCUAAUAAGUGGUUUUCUUCAGCCUUUACCAGAUGUGACACCUGUUAUCCCGUCAGUGGAUGAGACUUUUGCUGUUGAUCCCUCUGUCUCACCUUAUGAAUCCUGUAUCAUAUUUUUCUAUAAAACAUGGGAUCCUUAUGGUUCUUUUUCAAAUUUUUCGCCUCAUCCCAUUCAAAUGCCUAAUGAAAAUGGCGAUUAUGUAACUUGGUUCAGUGUGGAGCAUUACUACCAGGCACACAAAUUUGUUGGGGUCAACGAUCCUUUUGCUCAUAAUUGUGUUGAAAGGAUUAAAUCUGCGAGAAGUCCAGAAGAAGCUGCGAGAAUAGGAAGGUCAAUGCAGAGACAACGACCUGAUCUGGUAAGGUCUGACUGGGACAACAUAAAGAUUGAAGUAAUGUUCAGAGCUCUCAAGUGUAAGUUCUCAAUCUACCCGCAUUUGAAUAGCAUGUUGGUCUCAACCGCUGGUUCUGUGCUUGUUGAGGCAUCACCACAUGAUCUGUUUUGGGGUGGAGGUCGUGAUGGAGAAGGCUUAAAUUAUCUUGGCCGACUAUUGAUGCAGUUGAGAUCAGAGUUUCUUGGGGAUCCCUCUUCAUCCAGUGAUAAUGACAGAAGUUCAGGAUUAGCAAGCUUGCAUCCAUGAAACGGAAAAUAUAACUUAGUCCUUAUAUUUGUAGCGUAUUUUGGUUUGAGUCCCUUUAUUUUUAUUUCAUUGUUUCAAGUCUCUUUGUUUUAUUUAUCUGCAACAUUAAUUCCUAUAUUUUUAAAUAUGACCAUAAGAGCAGUGGUUAACAUGUGAUUACUUAA